AUGCCUUUUGCAGAUUCGCAGAAGCGGAGUUCGAAGGCUGCGAGUGGCUCUCCUUGUGCUGAGGAAAAGGGCCUACGUGGCUCGGCAGAUCGUCGACCUCCUGAAGGUGUGGUAGAUGAGGGUAAUUCAGUACUGAAGGUGUUAGAGAGCUUCGAACUGCCUCAGGUGUGGCGUCCGCUAGUGCGAAAGGUAGACAGCAGGUUUGGCGCCAGCGGGGUCGCCGUCUUCAACUUCAUCUUGGACUUGCUCCUUCUAAACUUCCUCCUGAGCAUCCUCACGCUCGCCUGCGUCGUCCUGCCAACCGUCUUCCUGCAGGAGAGCGAAGGAACCGGCUCGAAGGAGUGGCUUUUCGGAUGGCAAGACAAAAGAGGCGGAUACCCGGAGACAAAUUCGACAGCGGUUGGCGCCGAAGACGACGGCGAGACGGGAGACGUCUGUGUUGAUGUGAGGCUGAGGAGCGAUGACCCUACAGUCACGAACUGCAGUUUGGCGUACCUGGCCACCACAGGAGGGGACUGGUGCCACAUCACCGUCAGGAACCACAGUGCGACUAGUUGUGACGGAUUCACAUGGUGGUUAGCGGUUUUGAUCCAGGGUCAGGGCAUCCUGGAGAUCUCCCCGUUGUUCCUGGGCUAUUACCCCGCUCGCCUCACGCGCUUCGGCUACCCCGUCGCGACCAUGCAGGUGCUGGUGGUGCUCACGGUGUUCUUGGUGUCCCUGAUGACUGUCAUACGGCGGGUUGGGGGAUGGCUGAGGUACAACGCCGACGUCUGGGGCGGACUCGCCUUCUCGAGGACGGUGUUCAGCGGCUGGAACUUCUCCCUGAAGAGCAGUCGCGCCGUCGCUUCCAUGCAGCACAUCAUGAAGACCGAGCUCCUCGCUGCUCUCGACGAGGCCAGUUUCCAAGAAGUGAAAGCGAGGCGAACGCGCGGUCGGCUGGCGUUGCUUUACUUCGGUCGCUUCUUGGUGAACUGCGUCAUAUUUGCAAUGAUCAUAGUGAACUGGGUUGUCCUCUACGUGGUCAUCGUGAGGCGGGCUGCGUGGGCCGAGUGGGUCGAGACGCUGAACGAAACUUGGAGCUACAUUUCGCUGCGCUUCAUCGUGGACUUCGCGGACACGCUGGUGGUGUGGGUCCAGGGCCUGGUCCUCCCACCCAUCCUGCUGAAGCUGGGCGCCCUCGAGCAGUGCAGCAGCCGCACGGCGCUCUUGCUCUACAUCCUCCGCUCCUCCGUCAUCCGCCUCGCCUCCCUGGCGGUGCUGGUGUUCACGCACCUCAGCCUCGUCUCCAGCAGAGCAGACGACUGCCGCCCAGACACGCCGUGCUGGGAGACGCGCCUUGCGCAGAACCUGUACGCGCAGGUCGUCUGGUCCUUUGUGGUGAAGUGCCUCUCUGCGUUACUCUGCCUCGCCUAUACGAUCGCCGUCAAAUUGUGCUGCUUCUGCUGUGCGACCUCCCUCCUCCCGGAGUUCGACGUCCCCAACAAAGUGCUCGACAUCCUCUUCCUGCAAACCCUCUGCUGGCUGGGCGUCCCGGUGUCCCCCCUCAUGCCCGUCCUGGUCCUCCUCUACUUCAUCGUCUCCUUCGGGCUGGAGCUCGUGGACGCCCUCGUCAUCUCGCGCCCCUCCGCGCAUGUAUUCCAGGCCUCUAGAUCUUCCAGUAUGUUCAUGGUGUCCAUGGCGGUGUCCUGGGCGGCGGCGGCGGCCAUGGCGGUGACGGUCCUCGUGUUCAUCCCGGCGUCUCCGGGCUGUGGGCCUUUCAGGGGCCUGAGGGUCGCGUGGUCCGCCCUCACGAGCGCCGUCUGCGACCUGAAUGGCUCGCUUAGAGAUGUACUAUUCGCUCUGGACGACCUCUGGGUGUCUCUGGCGCUGGCGGGGGCGCUGACCUGCUUCGCGACCUACUACCUGCUCGUCCUCAGUUUCCGCAAAAAUGUCAUCAGGCGCCUUGAAGACCGGCUGAAGGAGGUGGCCAUGGACAAGGCCUUUUUCAGGAAGAAACGCGAGGCUUGGUUGGAAAAUGGGCGCCGGGAAGAGAAAGGGUUAAAGUCCGUGAUCUAUUUCAAGAGGAAUAAAACCCUCUGAGAAUCUUGUAUUGUCACUAUUAUUAUCAUUAUUCGUUUGUAAUAAUACUUUGGUACUAAAAAUAUUAUUACUACACAUCCCUGUAAUUUUAUACAUUAUUGGACCUACGAUCACAAGGCUAAUGAAAUGUGAUUGCUUGUAGGAAGGAAAGAAACUACAAAACUAAAGACGCUAUAAGAACUAGAAGCAGUCAGAGAGCGCAUACCUCUGUCAAGGCAAUGGAUUCACUGAUGCAAUAAAAUAUUCACACGAAGAAUUACAUUAAAGAUUAUGAUAAUAAUAAUUAUUAUUAUUAUUAUCCGUGUCAAAAAGUUAAAGUCGUCUCUCCCGCAAUGCUAUGAAGCCUUCAAAGAACUCCUGGAUUUGGAUUUGGAUCUGGAUAACCACCAAAUCUAAUGGCAUCUAAAUUGGACUAAGUUACACCUCUGGUAAAAUAAGUAAAUAAAAAUCUGUUCAUAUCUUGCUAACCAACGAACGAAUAAACUAACCAGCGCAACCAAAAACUUAACAUCCUUGACGGUGGUAACUAUAAAAAAAUAAACGCAUUGCAAUGUUGUGUAGUUUUUGAUUGAUAGA